GGCCCUGGGAACGAUAGCAACACAUAAACAAUAUGGCGGAAAUUUUGAGUUUUUAAAAAUAUUUCUUUUCCAAAUUUAAAUAAAUUUUGUGUUUUUCUUUCAAAUCUCAAGCCAUGGAAAAACUGGAAAAGCCGCAGAUUAUUGUGCAUGUGCAGAAGGGGUUGAACUACACAGCGUAUGAUGCAAAAUGGAUUCCGUCUAGUGCUAGAUUUGUUGUGCUUGGCUCUCAUCCAAAGGGAACGGGAGCCAUGCAAAUUUAUGAAGUUUCUCGAGGCAGUGCUAACUUAUUGAAAGAUGUGAGUGGGUUGUUUUAUGCAGUAUAUAGAAAAUAGUAUUUGUACAGUUUAUUUUCUAUAAACCAGCAUGACAAAUGUAAAUAUUAUUUAUAUUACUUUAAUACAGUAACAGUUCUGUACCAGUAGACAGUGGUCCAGUCAGGGGCGUAGCAAGCAUCGAAAAUAUACAAUUUGAACAUCAUUUUUCAUGAAAGCAAAGGGCACUUUGCCACUGGAGAGAGAGGGCACUUUUUGUGUUUUUUGACACCCUCCCCCCCCCCCUUCGUGCCGUGGAGUUUUUCUUUGUGCCGUGGAGUUUUUGAUUGUGCCAUGGAGUUUUUGUUUGUGCUGUUGCACCUGUAGGCCACCAUAGUUAAUUGGGUAGUUUAAAUACAUCUGAUUGGUUCAUUGUAGCAGUAAGCCAUGAGGGCAAAAUCUGAACCACUCUAUUAUUGGCAUUAUAAUUAUAGCUGCCUGACUGGAAAGUUGGAAAUUGCACACCCAAGAUUUUGAAAAUUUGAUAGUAAAUAUACAGAAAGCAUAAAAAUUGCAUGCCAUGAUAUCAAUCUUGGUUGUGUAAUACAAACUUUCCACACUGCAAUAGUAUAACUCCUAUUUUGAACAUAUAUACAUGCCUUAUUCAACUGAACCUAGGUUUUUAAUAAUUUUAUUAUAAUACCAACCAAAUGUUGAUGGUGGUUUAAUUAAAGGUGGAAAAGAAGGCAUCAUUCAAAUGUGGGACAUUUGGUGCAAGUAGUCUACAACAAAGACAUUUGGCAACAGGUGAUUUUGAAGGAAAACUUAUGAUAUGGUAUGUUAUAUUGUAACAAACACUGUAAUUAAAGAUUUAAAUGAAUGACCUUUUGACCUUUUCAGAGGUUGGUUUUUAAUUGUUUGUUUUUGUGUUCCCAUUUAAGGAGCCUUGAGAAGACAGAACUGCCUAUAUAUUCAGUUAAAGCUCACAAAGAAAUCAUAAAUUGUAUCAAUGGUGUUGGCGGUGCUGGCAUUGGUGAAGGUGCCCCUGAACUUGUGACUGGCAGCAGAGAUGGUGAGUGGUGGGCACAGAGGUGGGGGACUGCCUCUCACCAAAAAAAUCUGAAUAACUGUGUAACAAAUAAAAAAGCUGUAACAAUAUUAAUUUUAACCAUAAAAGCAUUGGUGGGCUAAAAAUUAAGAUAUAUAUUGCAUGAAAUUUAUUCAGUUUAAUUUAAAUGACUCAGAUUUCCAGGUACUGAAGGUAGUCGUAUGUUGGCAACUUAAUUCCCAUUAUCCCCCCUCCCCUAUAUAUUUUGCCAUCACUGGUGGUGGGGAUGAUGUAUUUAGCUACUGGACUCGACGAGUGGCUUGCUAAGCAAGACUAUUUUAAUUAAUAAUAAUUAAUUAAUUUAUUAUUAAUUAUUAUAUCAACCCUUUAAUUGGCAAUGCCUCCUACUUUACUAAGUACUGGGUUAAUUAUUCAAUUGGUUAAUUAUAAUAUUUAAUAAUUAUGAAGGUUCAGUGAAAGUUUGGGAUCCCAGACAAAAAGAUGAACCAGUGGCUAACAUGGAACCUGGAGCUGGUCAAGAUCACAGAGAUUGUUGGUGUGUUGCAUUUGGUAUGGUACCGCAAUUAAAGCUCAAUACAAAGAAGAUUUUUGUAGAUGGUAUUUUCAACUGGAAAUUUAUAUUCAUUUUUAGACCUGCCAGACCAACCAAAAGCAGUUGCAAAAAAUGCUACAGGCUCUCAGGCAGGAAUCAAACCUGUGGCCCUGCGAUUCCACAAGUUUUUAUUUCUGCCAGAGGGCCUAUAGUUAAUAAAAUAAUAAUAAUACAUAGAAUUUCUAUAGCGCCAAAUCUACAGUACUCUAAGGCGCUUUACGUUCAUACCACAUUAAAAAUAUGGACAAAACCUAUAAUUUACUAGUAAAAAAAAGUUUAAAAAGUUUAAAAAUGUGACCUAGACCUAAUUUACUUAUAAGAAAGUUAAAAAAAGUGCGUUUUUAAAUGUCUUUUAAAAAUGCUAAAACUCGUCUCAAGUCUCAAGCUGUCUAGUAAAUUGUUCCAUAGUGUUGGGCCAGAUCUUCCAAAACAUCGUCCACCUUGGGUAACCUAUAGUUGCAUUUUUUGCAAUUGUUCCUGGUAUGGUCUAAAAAUGUAUACAAAUUUUUGUUCAAAAAUCCAUCAUUCUACAAAAAACCCAUCUACUAAAAUAAAAGUUAGCUUUAAUGUUAUAGUUUUAUAAAACUCCAAUAUUUUCCAUUUAUAUGUGUCACCAGGCAAUGCAUAUAAUGCUGAUGAACGUACAGUAGCAGCCGGGUAUGACAAUGGUGACAUCAAACUCUUUGAUUUGAAGAACAUGUCACUUCGUUGGGAGACGAAUGUUAAGAAUGGGGUUAGUGGAUUAUCCAAGUGUCUAAAAACUGACCAACUCCUUUGCACAUUGGGAAAACUUAACUAGCCCUGACUUUUUAAUAAUAUAUAUUUUCCAGGUAUGUGAUAUCCAGUUUGACCGACGUGAUAUUUUAAUGAACAAACUAGUUGCAACUACAUUGGAAUCUAAGUUCUUUUUAUGGGAUAUGAGAACACAUCAUCCCAGCAAAGGUUAUGCCAUGUUGACUGAAAAGGUUUGAUUAACUGUAGGAUGACUACUAACUGUACAAAUUGAAACAAAAUUGAUGGGGAUGGUUUUUAAAAUUUCAAUUUAUCCUUCACUCUACAGGCUCACAGCUCUACAAUUUGGUGUGCUCGUCACCUACCACAGAAUAGAGAAAUUUUUAUGACCUGUGGUGGAAGUGGAUCCCUUAACCUUUGGAAAUAGUAUGUAUCAUUACUCAACUGCAAACAAAUUGGUCCGCAGACUAAACUACACUAAAUCUUUUUGUUCAAUAGCUCUAAUGCAGUUCUAGUCUAUUCUCUACAGCCUAGUCCACCCGUAAUGUAAUGGCCCAGCAAGUGCCUUUCACCUCUGAGAUUGUGGGUUCGACUCAUGAUAUUGUACUUAUGUGAUUUUCUCCCGGUACUCCGGUUUUUUCCAUGAUCGGACAUGAGUCACAAGGUGGCAGCCAGAGUCGCCGUUAGAAAGCUUUCGAAUUGAUCAAGUUGAGAUGCAUCCUUUGUAAUUCAGCUUGGCCCUCAUGCAGUUAUAAGGAUGAUAAGCAAACCCUCACUUACUUAUGUACUACAGAAGGAAACCAGACCAGGGAUGGAUUUAGUGGGGGGUGGAGGGGGUGCACCCCUUAGCCCUGACCAGAGGGGGUGCAGGGGAGGUGCUAUUUUUCAUGAUAAAGCAAAAAAUUAUUAGAGACAAAAUGAGAUAUAGUAAUUUGAGUAAUAACAAGAUAAUAAGUGAACUGUGAACGACAAUUACAAUUCAAAUACAGUAGUCAAGCAAGACUUUGCAGUAGUGAAGCAAGUUGAUGGGUGGGCGGCACACAUGACGGACACAACUCGGCACCAGAGCUGGCAGAGCACCCGCCCCCUACCAGAUCCAUCCCUGAACGAGACUACCAGAGUACCGUGCAGAGAGGACCUGUGGCAUUUACUUGCAGCACACUCUCAUUCUCACUUGGGAUAUAAUUAUAAUCAGAAAAGUACAUAUUUCUUAAUUAAAUCUCAGAAUCAUCUUUACUUAUUUUUCCUGACCACUGCCUGCUACUAACUUUCCGUCGAAGGGCCUUCCCUCAAAGUUCUCCUAACCUUGUAUUUUCAGGUAGUUGCAUCCCUUGUCAAUCCGAAGCGUUCUUAUUAUUGCCACUACCUACACUGGCACAAACCGUUAUCUUUACACUACCCUGAUACGAAGAAUGUGCUCAUACUAAUUCUAACUCUGCUAUCAAUGGGAAAAUUGUUGUCGAUCUUGAGCAAGAUUCGAACUUGUGCCUUCAAUUUAAUAUAUCUUAUAUAGUUCAUACCCUGCAAAAAGAGUGAUCAAAGAUGGCGAUGGUCAAGAUAUGGGUGCCGUUGGCUCAGUUGAUCUCUUACAGAAUGUGACUAUUUCAACUCAACCUGUUUCUGCACUAGACUGGAGUCCAGACAAGGUAAAAUUCUCUAGUGUCUCCUAUGACUGUCACGCGAUCGAUAUCCAAUUAUGAUGACUGCCUUUAGUUUUCCUUA